AUGUCAGAAGAUAUGUUAAAAGAUUUUGUAUCGCGUAAUGUUGAUGUUUUAGUUGAAGAAACUCCUCAACUUCCAUCUCCACCGCCUAGCUCAGUAAAAGCGAAGCAUUCCAACAAUGUGAAGAUUGUCGGCGCCAGGAAUAAUAUUCAGUUCCAAAUAGAAUAA